GUUCGGGGCUGACGUCGUUUGGAAUUUUUCAUUUUGUGUUGUGUAGGAUUGUAUUUGUGAAUGUUUGGCAACCCGCGUUCAACCGGAAGCCGGAAGUCGGAAGUCGAUGGCUCUUCUAGCGGCUGUUUGUGAGUGAUCUCGAGUGUGCUGAUUGCAGACAUUUGAAGCUGUUUAAAAGCUCCCGACUCGAGCAUGGCGGAGGAAGACGACGAUCCUGGUUUUGAUGAAGAACUGGAUGAAGGUGGGAAUGGUGUGGAUGCGGCUCAUGGCAGGAGGAAGAGACUUUUCUCCAAAGAGCUGCGCUGUAUGAUGUAUGGCUUCGGCGACGACCAGAAUCCCUACACAGAGUCGGUGGAUAUUCUGGAGGAUCUGGUGAUCGAGUUCAUCACGGAGAUGACCCACAAAGCCAUGUCCAUCGGGCGCCAGGGCCGGGUCCAGGUGGAGGACAUCGUCUUCCUCAUCCGGAAAGACCCGAGGAAGUUUGCCAGGGUGAAAGAUCUGCUGACGAUGAACGAGGAGCUCAAGAGGGCCAGAAAAGCUUUUGAUGAAGCCAACUAUGGCUCCUGAGUGUCAUGUACAGUGUGAUCGUGUUCUUCAGGCAGCUUUAAUCAUAUGACUGUGAUCUGAUGAAGGUGCUGCAGGAGCAUGUGUGUUCAAAUCAUUGGAGACUUUUAUUCUUAUUCUCUAUCUUUGUACUUAAACUAAAUGCUUGAAGUAAUCAAACAUUUCUCAUAUUCGUUCAUCAGUGAGCUGCACAUGUUAUUUUAUGUAAACUGACCAAUAAAGCAAGAACAAAAUACUGAA